AUGGAAAUUGACGAGGAAGAGCCAACAACAAGCACAUCGACUCCUCCAAAAGCGCCGAUGAAGAAAAGAAGACGCCAAAGGAAGAGAAAGAACCAAGAUGAUGAAGAAUACCAAGAAAACAAAACAGUUGCCAAUCAAAUCAAUCAAAAGUUCGGAGGAGCAAAAGCCCUGAAACACAAAGAUGAAACCCCGAUGUUUGAAGUGAGAAAUGGAAAAGCGACAAUUAAAAACUCGGGAAACCAUCGAUUGACUGUAAGCCGAACACUGGAUACUCAUAUGAACAAGAUGUUCCAAUGGGAAGAAGAACCAGACGCCAUUGAAUCGUCCUAUAAUUGUGCACUGUGUCAUGAGCAAGGUCUGAAACGAGAGCUCUUUGGCCCCUAUUACAUAUCACUGAACCCAGCAAAGCAUUGGCCAACUUUUCUUGCUAAAAAACCAACAACCAAAAAGCCCUCCUACAAAAUCGAGCUAUGGUUCCAUGGCUCUUGUAUUCUCUGGGCUCCCAACGUGAAUCUUCAUGGCAGUCAACUGACAAAUUUGGACCAUCAAAUGGACAUUUUCUGGUCUCAAAACUGUGCGAUUUGUCGAAAGACCGGCGCUGCCAUUAGCAUUCAAAACAAGAAAAACACACAUGUUCACUAUCCAUGCGCCAAGAAUAAAGGCUACAAACUCGACGAGCACGCACUCGUCUGCAAUUCCUGA